GAAUGUGGGUACUUGUACUAGAUGAUACGAGCAAUAUUCAUCAACGAGUAGAGCAGCGACAUGUGUCUAUUAACAGCGUUUAGGUAUUAAAGACAGUGGGGAAAAAAAUCACGUGGUAUCGUCUCGCAGAGAUAUUUUUUUUUUUUUUUUUUUGGAUUUGUAUCGUUCUAUACAUGCAACAUAUGGUAGUGUUCUAGAAUUUCCAAUGAUACGCACAGUAAUGGGAGAACUAGAAAUUGCCAAGAACUUGGGUGUGAUCCUUAAUAAAGUCAGAGCCGCAGCUGAACGUAGACCACCAGAGUACAGAACCCACGAACCAAGAUUAGUGGCUGUCAGCAAGACUAAGCCGAAGGAAUUGGUAAUAGCAGCUUACGAAAAUGGCCAACGUAAUUUUGGAGAGAAUUAUGUACAAGAAUUGAUUGAAAAGGGGAAUGAUCCUGAUAUUUGCAAAAAAUGUCCAGAAAUUUGUUGGCACUUCAUUGGUCACUUGCAACGAAAUAAAGUGAACAAGGUUGUAAGUACUCCUGGUUUGUUCAUGGUAGAAACAGUGCAUUCUGAGAAAUUGGCAUCAGCUUUAGAUGCUGCUUGGAAGAAACUACACGACAAUAGCAGGCUGAAAGUCAUGGUUCAAGUAAAUACCAGCGGUGAGAAAGAGAAAAGUGGAUGUGAACCAGAAGAGGCUGUGUCACUCGUAAAAUACGUUAAAGAUUUUUGUCAGAAUCUGGAAUUUGUUGGUUUGAUGACAAUUGGCAUAUAUGGCUAUGAUACAGCUUUGGGCCCAAAUCCUGAUUUUCUUUGUCUGAGAAAUGUGAGAACUGAAGUAUGUAAAUCGCUGAGUAUGAAGUUGGAAGAAGUUGAGCUGUCCAUGGGGAUGUCAGAUGAUUUUGAACAUGCGAUCGAGCUUGGUAGCACAAAUGUUAGAGUGGGGAGUUCUAUAUUUGGUGCAAGACAGAAGAAGGAUAGUAAUUCUGACAAGAAAGAUAGUAAUUCUGACAAGAAAGAUAGUAAUUCUGACAAGAAAGAUAGUAAUUCUGACAAGAAAGACUUGGAGCAAGACUUUGCUGAAAUGACACUUAAAAAAGCAGGAGGGAAUUAACAAUAUUUUAACUGCUUUGAACAUUAAUUCAACAAUGUGAUAUUAAACAGCCAAAUUUCCACUGUGAAGUGUUGAUACUAUGUGUUCUGAGUUUGCUGUCGAAAUCAUUCUCUUCUAUUGCUUGCACACCAUAACUAAAGUGUCAAGUUUUUUUGGCACUGUAUGGAUAAACAGAUGUGGAAUUGUGGCAUUUUUUUUUGUAAAAACUGUUACAUUCCUGGCAAGUGCUAGGAAUUUUGUGUUGAUAGAAAUUGUAAAUGCGUAUCAGUUUUUUCAUUGGGCUUUGCUGUUAUCAUUACUAUGUCCAUGUAGAGACGUGUCAUUCUUGAAGAUUUGUUCGCUGUGUUGGUACUGUUGAUAUAUGUUUUUCCUGUCAGUUACCACUAGUGGUUAAUACUUGGUGGCUUGAAAGUUCCUGUGAAAUCUGUAAUGGAUAUUGUAUGGGAGUCCAGUAUAACUAUUACUCUGUAAAUAAUAGUAUCUGUAAUUGUUGAGCAUGUACUUCCCAGUAGUGUGUGUUUUACUGUAACAAUGUAACAUAUUCCUUUUCGUGACCUACAUGGAAUUAAAUUGCCAAAAAUUAA